UACUAGUUCCAUAAGUCUCUGACAGGGCUUCGCGCAACUGAAAGUCGCCGGCAGGCGACGACAGCGGCAUCGCUAGCAUUGCCGAUUAAGUUGGGGACCAACUUUGCAAUUCAGAGAUAUACAGCUAGCUGGACGUUACGUGUCUCGGCAAGUCAGUGUUUGACUACCUUAUACCGCAGCCCUGCUCACGGCGUGUCUGUCUCGCCCACCAUGAUCCCCUACCGCCUCAUAACAGCCGCCUCUCUAGGCGGUGCCUACCUCCUGUCGUCAGGGCGAAUCCCGCAAUGGCCGGCGCCGGGGUUCCUGGCCGCAUUCUCGGGCCUCCUGGGAAUCCAGUUGCUGGCGUGGGUUGUCUGGGCAGUGAUCCUCUACCCGAAGCUCUUCUCGCCUCUGCGAGGCCUUCCAGAGCCCGACGGCAAUUCAUUGUUCAUGGGCCAGUGGAAAGCAAUCACAUCGCUCCCGACUGGGAACCCCAUGAUGGAAUGGGUCAAUUCGAUCCCGCACAACGGGCUGAUCCGGUACCUUGGCCCAUUCAACCAAGAAAGACUCUUGAUCGCGUCGCCCAAGACCCUUGCCGAGGUGCUCGUGACGAAGAACUACGACUUUGUCAAGCCUCAGCAGAUCCGCUGGUCCAUCGGCCGUAUCCUGGGCAUUGGCGUGCUCCUCGCCGAGGGUGACGAGCACAAGGUGCAGAGGAGGAACCUGCUCCCGGCCUUUGCUUUCCGCCACAUCAAGGAUCUGUACCCGACCUUUUGGGAGAAGGCGCGCGAAGGCGUGCAGGCCAUCACGGACCAGAUCCUAGAGGGCGCUGCGGAGCGGCCCGAAUCCGACAAGAAUACCGCCGUCGUCGAGGUGGGCAGCUGGGCAUCGCGCAUAACCCUCGACAUCAUCGGACUGGCAGGUUUGGGCCGCGACUUUGAGGCCAUCAAGAACCCGGACAACCGGCUCAGCCGGGCGUACGCCGAGGUGUUCAGGCCAAGUCGCCAGGCCCGUAUUCUGCAGUUGCUUUCCAUUAUCAUCCACCCCAGGAUUAUCAACCUGCUGCCGGUAAAGCGGAACGACGACAUCGAGGGCGCAGCUCGUCUGAUCCGAGCUGAGUGCGCCGAGCUGAUCAGGGAGAAGAAGGAGAAGCUGGCACGCAAGGAGCUGACCGACCUCGACAUCCUCUCGGUGGCCAUCGAGUCGGGAGGCUUCAGCGACUCGAAUCUCGUCGACCAGCUGAUGACGUUCCUCGCGGCCGGGCACGAGACCACGGCGGCGUCCAUGACUUGGGCGGCCUAUCUGCUCGCCAAGUACACCGACGUGCAAGAGCGGUUGCGGGCCGAGGUGCGCGAACGGCUGCCGCCCAUCUCCGGCGCAGGGGGCGGCAGCACCGUGUCGAGCUUCGACAUCGACCGGAUGCCGUAUCUCAACGCCGUCUGCAACGAAGUGCUGCGCUACUUCGGCCCGGUCCCUCUCACGCUGCGCGAGUCGGCGUGCGACACCAGCAUCAACGGGCACUUCGUUCCCAAGGGCACGCGCAUCGCCAUCGCCCCCUGGGCCAUCAACAAGUCCGAGGCGCUGUGGGGCCCGCAUGCGCGCGAGUUCAAUCCGGACCGCUGGAUGCCCAAGUCGGACCAGGACAGGCAUGCCGCGAGCGGAGGCGCGAGCAGCAACUACGCCUUCAUGACCUUCCUGCACGGCCCGCGCAGCUGCAUCGGCCAGGCGUUCGCCAAGGCCGAGUUCGCCUGUCUACUGGCCUCCUGGGUAGGGCGGUUCAGCCUGGAACUGCACAACGAGGAAGAGGCGGAUGAAAGCAAGAUCGAGAUCAAGGGCGGCGUGACGGCAAGGCCCGCGAGGGGCAUGUACCUCAGGAUGACGCUUCUGGACGGAUGGUGAAAUGGCUUUGGUGGCUCCUUGGAUCCUUGGAUGCCUCCCGCUUUUGGCCCUGGAAGGUCUCCUAGGGGCUUAUCGGAGAAGCCAAGGGAUAACGGAUAUUCUC